UUUGAACAUAUCUCAAGAUUCAUGUUACCAUGCAGCUCAGCUAAGCAAUCUGGAUUCAGUCCAGAUCUUAGAUGUAGUCCAUCACAAUUUUGACUUAUGACACAUUUGAAGAAUAUGAAGAUUGUAUUGGUGAAAAUGCACUUGAAGCUGUUGAAUCAGAGAAAGAUAGUGAAAUUGUUUGUCUUCGUCCACUUCAUGAAAGUAAAUGGGAGUUAAAAGCUGGCUAUGCUUUUGAGAAACACUGGCGAUGCGCAACAGAAAAUAAUGAAAUGACACUGACUGGACUAGUAUUCGUUAUCAGCUUUCUCGGUAAUACAACAGCGGGUAAAAGUUUUAUUUCAAAACAUUUUUUUGAUGAAAAUGAGCAGAAGCCAUGGACAAGCGCUGAAAGUGAUAAUCUGGGUAGCACAACAUCUAAUAUCAACUGUUUCGAAUGUCAAAAAGUGAACAAAAUGACGAGUAAAACUCUAUUAUUAGAUUUUGAGGGAGAAAAUGGAACAUCGACUCCUUUAAUGCUACGUUUUCGUCACUAUUUGUCACACAAAAAGACUGUUAAUGCACUUAAGAGGCUCCUAGACAGAUCAAAAGCUGUAUCGGAAUAUUUCCCAAAAUUAGCCUAUAUUUUGAGCAAUGUUGUAGUCUAUGUUGGUAGAGAAGACAUUGUUGUCUCAGAGUAUCUUAAACGCUGUUGUGAAUUUGCACAGCGUGCUAAUGAAGGCGUGAGUCAAGUUGUUUACCGUCCAGUAUUAAUCAUUAUUCAAAAUCAAAGUUCCUUAGGAAAAACGUUUGGCAUCAUGAAGGUUACAGAGGAGUUUAAAGCUAUUCAUAAAGACAAUGAAAAACUGAGAGAACUGGAAAAAUAUUUUUCAGAAAUUUUUUGUAUGCGCUUGCCGCAUACGGAAAUUGUACAAAAAGUGAAAGGAGGGACAAAUAUUGAUGGUGAAGUUGUGUUUAACGAGCAAAUCGCUGAAUUAAAAGAAAAACUGAUAGAUAUUGAUAAGAAAUCUAAGCAACGAUUAAUAACUCAUUCCCAGUGGCUAUAUCUGUUAGACAGAGUUCUUGAUAUUGUUUCUAGUGGUCGCUCAGUUUCUAUACAUAAUCUUCUCUCGGAGGUAACCGAUACAGGCGAGGUGUAUGAAUCUAUUGCGAAACGACUAUUCGUUAGUUUGUAUUCGGAAAAAUACAUUCAUUUCUCGGAAUGGUUCAAACACUGUCGUAAAUUUGCAAUACAAGCUCUCGCACGAAGUCUCGCAGUGAAUUUCUUAAAACAGGAGGAAAUUGCAAGUGAACGUGUUAUACAUGAAAAAUGUGAUGAAGCGCUGAAAGCACUCUGGAAACUUCUUGAUGAAUUUAUUCCAUGUGAAGCACUUCAUCCGAACCCUUGUGCUUUAGGCACUAAUUCACCAAUCUCCUGUUUUCAGCAUAAAGGGGCCCAUCCAACUCAUCGAACCAGUGAAGUGUCAGGGGGCUGGUUUAUCACGUUUAUCGGCAAGCUGACCGCAGUGACGUGGGAGGGUACUUUUGUAACAACUGAAGCUGAUAAACCAAGUCCGUCUGUAUUGGAAGAUUUUAUAGCUAUGACAUUCAAUUAUCUGAAAAUUUUGAAAGAGUCUCCACAAUCUAGGUAUCAGUCGUUUAAGGAUUUGCUCGACGAAUAUAAGUUAAAAGAAAGAGACAUUGGUGCCUUGCCAGCUCGGACAUGUCCGUGUUGUUUGAAACGUCGGUCAUUUGGCAGAUUUCCACUAAGACGAAUAAGUAUUUUUGAGCGGACACCGUUUUGCAGGCAGUGUACGAAUCAAAUCGAUACACUUUCCUGGUCAAAAGUUCCACAAAUUAAAGGCCAGGCGUAUGCUACUAGUGACAACGAUAAAUGCAUCCUAUGUCGGGUUGAUAAAAGAGAUCAUGUUCUUGUACCAUGUGGUGAUCGAGGGUUUUGCCAGAAAUGUGCGGUUAAAAUUCAAACAGAAACGAGAGUUUGUCCACGAUGUAAGAAUAAGGUGGACGCUAUACAAAAACUGAACGACGAGUAA